AUGCGCAUUUUUGCUUGGUCUGAUCUCCAUCUCGAAAGCAAAGUAAACUUUGAACUUGUCAAGCAGUUUUGCUAUUUGAACAAGAAACGCCCUGCAUCUACGGAAAAUCGGAUCAUCAGCGGUCAAGGCAGCUCUAACGGAAAUGAAUGGGACAUUGUCGAAUCAGGAAUCUCUACAGAUGCCAGUGCUGGAGGAGAGGCACCUGUGUGGCCACCACUCGCUGGUGCCCUGUCGAGCAACAUAGGACAGCUGGGGGGAGUGGUGACGAAAACAUCUUCACCAGUCAACGAGGACUUUGCCAAUGAUGUACUGAUCCUCGCUGGAGAUGUGCACCAUGAGUUAGAGGGUUUGAAAGACUCCCUUAACCUUUUUUGCUCAGUUUUCGGCCAUGUGGCCUUCGUACCGGGAAACCACGAGCUCUGGGUGACGCGCAAGGAUAGAGAUUUGGGUAUAACUGACAGCCUGAAGAAGUUCGACAGUAUCCUGCGGCUGUGCGAAUCUCUGGGAAUCCACACCAGCCCGUUUUUCCCGUCCAGGAAAGUUCGUCUAGUCCCCCUUUUCUCAUGGUACGACGAAUUUGACCCCCACUUUCGUCGCGUAGCCUUGUACGCACAUCAACCCCAGACGGCGCUUCCACGUGCAAGCCAGUCUCACCCUGGGAAGACAACUCAAGGUAUUUCCCCAGACAACAGCCGAGUUAUUGGUUCUAAGCUCCUGCUAUCUCUGGCUGAAAACUGGAUGGACUACACUGCCUGCCAGUGGCCACUGCCGCUCAGCAACAAUGAUCCCAAGUCGAGCGGCAGGCUAAGGAGAGAGUACAGCAGCCUUGGAAGAGCUGAUCCAGAGGCAACUCUGUUUAGGCGGUUUAGUGGGAUGAGUCUUGGCAAGAGUAGGCGAUGCACGUGCCGCUCCACCAAUGGGUCCGGUGCGUCUACUGCUGCCGGUGUUGGAGCUGCUGCAGCUGUUGCUGUUGGAGGGAGGGAGACCUCUGGACUUCCUGGUGGGUUGGCGUGGGGAGCUAACGCCUCUUGCAAGCCUUUUCAUCGCAGAUGGUCUGUCGAGGAGGCACAGAAUAUGCCGAACUUGGUGUUGCCCAAAAGCACCCCCCGGCGGUUUACAGAUGCCUUGGGAAUGCCUUUGAGUCUUUCGGAGUUCUUUGCAGUUGAAAAUGAACGCAGAGGCUGUUUCUUGCGCAACCGCCAAAGCCCGUGCAGAGGAAAUCUGCGGCUUGAUAAGAAUAUACAGAACAAUAAAACUGAACCCGCCGUCUCAGAUGUGCCUGACUGUGCAUGUUGUGAUGGUCUACCACGAUUGAAAGUUGGCCACACCGGAUCCUCAGAAAGUGGUAUUAGCUCGCAAGCCACCGAUUCUGAGAUGGAUGUGGGUUGCCCAUCUCCAGAGGGUACUUGUGGAGAGGAGACUACCUGCUUCGAGAACCCCACGGUAGUCAUUACUUUUUCUCACUUUUUGCCUCGCGCGGAACUGGCUAAGCUUUAUCCACUCAACCCUGGAGCGCUGGCGUAUGUUAUGGGAUCCACACGCAUCGACGAGCAGCUCAGGCAGGCCGAAGGCUCACUGCAUAUUUUUGGGCAUUCCCACGUCAACAUCGAUCACAAUAUCGAGGGAGUCCGUUACGUCCAGCACUCUCUUGGGCGCCCGUCUGAGCAAAAAUGGUUUCCUGCUAGGCUAAGGCCUAAACUCGUUUUCAGCGAUGGCCUUUAG